AUGGAGUACACAACAUCGUACGCGCUAGAACAUUCUGGAACGCAUGGAGGUGAUGCCAGCGGUGGUAGGGAGCAAAAGAGAUGGCGAGUAGUUGCUCCGCACUCAGAUUCCAGUGACAUCUUCACAAUGAGAUUAGUCUACAUCCCCGUAACAAUCUGCGCCUACAUCACACCAGCUCUGAUUGUAGGCUGCUGGUUUGGAAUGGCUCGGCAGUUCAAAUCGGGUCUGGGACUUUGUAUUGGACCGGAUCUCCUAGGAUAUCGGUGGCCACUUCUGGCGCCUAUUACAGCUGUGGUCUUAUUCAACCUCAUAGUUCUAAUAACAGUCGGUUGUGUUGUACUUCGCAACUACCUUGCGAUUCGCCGAAGUCGAGUCAACAAAUCAACGCACCUUCUUGUGUUGGCUCAGCUUAUGCUCACUCUGGGGAUACCCUACAUGCUCAUCUACGUCCAAAUUAUAAGCCCCGUCUUUAUGCUCCUCAUUCUGCCAAUAGGAAUUGCUCUAACCGCCGUCUUCAUGUUUCUUUUGGUCGCUGUAAUCGAUGAUGAAAAUCGACACCUUUUGCGUAUUUUCCUAAAAACAAUGUGUAAGGCUGGUCGGCAUGGCGGUAAAUACCCUGGCAACAUUUCAAACGGAAGAAUGCACCUGGCGGAUACUGUUAAAUCAACGACAAUCUCCUCCCCAGACGCGUUUCUGGUUACUGAUGCUCUCCACAAUCAUAUGGCAUCAGCAUCGAGUGUGAAUAAUAGCAGUAACAAUAGCAAUCAUGAAUAUUUUGCUCGCUCACGAAACCGAUUUGCUAUGGAUGGUGAUCUAACUACAGGUAUUCUCCGGCAGGCAAUGAGUGACGGUAGCUCUGGUAUUGAAGAUUUCAAACCCACUGUCUUAGUUCCCCUUGAAGUAGCACAGCUACCGACUCAGUAUUAUUAUAAUCCCCAAUCUCCCCAUCACAAAGCUCCAGUGAUACGUUUCGAGUCGUUACAUGAUCUUGUUAUGGCUCCAUCGACAGAAUACAAUGAUGUUGGUCGAAUUAUUCAUAGUCCUAUGACCGAUAUUGCUUAUUCUGAUGGCGUUGGAACUCAGCAUUUCUACCCCAAGUCAAGGAAACAGUUUGUAAACAAGGCUGCUGCAUCACCUAGUCUUGUUCAUUCAUAUUACAUGGAUGGUAAAAACCGUGGAUUUUAA